CUGUUAGUGAAGUUAGUGUAAGAGCAAGGCUGAACCAAUUUAGAGUCGAUCCUAGUACAAUUGGAUGAUGAUAUUAUGCAUCUUUGGAUUAUGCUAAAUCUGGAUUCAGUGGCAAUUGGAAAUCUGUGUUACAAAGGAUUUGAGUAGCGAAUGAAAAUCAAGAUUUUAAAUGCCCCAUAUGUCUGGGAAAGGAAAAUGGUUGCAUUUCUUGGAGGAAAUUAAGCAACAGAUGUCGAUGUUAUGAUUAAACUCAGUUGCACAUGUUCAAAUGAUAACUAGGAAAAUGGAAUUGAAGCUGUUGUUGUAGUGCAAUUCUUUUUCUUAUUCCAUUUGGCUUCAACAAUGGAAAAUGAAAGCUUUAAUUAAGGUUGUGCUCUUGAGCACACUGAGCUUGGAGCUGCUUAUCAGAAGUGAGAAACCCCCAUAGACCAAGAGAGUGGUUCAUCAAUGGCGUUGCAAUCAGAUCACCAGGCUAAGAUAAUUGACGGCAAAGCCAUAGCACAGACCAUCCGAUCUGAAAUUGCUGAGGAAGUUCGCCAUCUCUGUCAGAAAUAUGGCAAGGUCCCUGGACUGGCAGUAGUGAUUGUGGGGAGCAGGAAGGACUCCCAGAGCUAUGUCAGCAUGAAGCGAAAGGCAUGCACUGAAGUUGGCAUUAAAUCUGUCGACAUAGAUCUCCCUGAGAAUGUGUCCCUAGAUGAUCUCAUAGCCAAAGUUCACGAAUUAAAUGCGAAUCGUGAUGUACAUGGCAUACUUGUUCAGCUUCCAUUGCCAAGGCAUAUUAAUGAAGAGAAAGUGUUAAGUGAAAUCAGCAUCGAGAAGGAUGUAGAUGGGUUUCAUCCUCUCAACAUCGGCAAACUUGCAAUGAAAGGCAGGGAACCUUUAUUCCUCCCUUGCACUCCCAAGGGCUGUCUUGAACUUCUAUCACGGAGUGGUAUAAGCAUAAAGGGAAAGAAGGCAGUUGUGGUGGGAAGAAGUAACAUAGUUGGAUUGCCAGUUUCAUUGCUGCUUUUGAAAGCCAAUGCUACUGUUACCGUGGUUCAUUCCAACACUCCUGAUCCAGAGAGUAUCAUUCGUGAAGCGGACAUUGUUAUUGCUGCAGCAGGACAGGCAAUGAUGAUCAAGGGUAGUUGGAUAAAACCAGGUGCUGCAAUUAUAGAUGUUGGCACAAAUGCUGUAGAUGACUCCAGUAGAAAGUCGGGUUAUAGAUUGGUAGGGGAUGUACAUUUCCAGGAAGCAUGUAAGGUAGCUGGAUGGAUAACUCCGGUUCCUGGUGGAGUUGGCCCGAUGACUGUUGCAAUGCUUCUCAAGAACACAUUGGAUGGUGCUAAGCGAGUGAUUGCGCAGUGAGGGCUGUUAAUCUUUCAUAGUCCCCAUAAUAAGCUGUUGCUAAUUUCAGGAGAUAAUUUUGCAAUGGAGUUCACAGGUUUUGAUUGGAAAAUCCUGUAGUUUUCACUAAUAUUGCAUGGUGUCAUGCAUCUUGUAGUAAACUAAGUCCUUUCUGAUCGAUUUGAUUUAUCUCCCCAAAUUCAUUUUAUAUCUCUAUAAUUAUUGUAUAUUUUGUCAACUAAAGUAAACCUAUAUAUUUACCAAAGAAAGAAAUACGUAAAUCAUUAUAAUU